GAAGCAUUUCAUGCCACAAUUUGUCUUGUCAGUUGCUGACCCUGUAAAAGGAGGAAGUUUUCGGAAUGAAGUGACUCGAGGAAGUAAGAAUGGGGACUGGACUUUAGAUGGAAAGAGGAAGUAACUGCCCCUUUCUACAGCUCACUCUCUCGCCUAGUAUCGAGUGUCCAAAACAGUUACUUUUGCGGAUCUGAAAUAGUGUGGGCUAUUUUUCUCUUUAAAAAAAUCUCAGGUAUCGUCGAUCGUGUGGUGCUCUUUCCCCAGUGCCCUUUUUAUGCUGAGAUGCUCAUGGUUAUUCUGUAUUUUAAUUCGAAACAAAAACGGACUCUUCAUUAAUUAUCUUUUAAUAUGAGCAGCUCAACCUGUGACAGUGACAAAUAAAUUCAAGAAAACAAGGCCUUACAGGAAGGAUCACAGCUGAGAAGAUCAAAGGAACAGCUGUGCCAAAUAUAAUUUACUUCUAAUAAAAUGGCUGAGAGAGUAAAUCAUCUACCUUACUUCUAUGGCAGCAUUACACGAGAUGAAGCAGAGGACUUUCUGAAGCAGGCUGGAAUGAUCAAUGGCCUCUACCUUUUGCGUCAGAGUCGCAACUAUCUUGGGGGCUUUGCUUUGUCUGUGGCAUAUAAUGGAAAGUGUUAUCACUAUACAAUAGAAAGAGAAUUAAGUGGAAGUUAUCUCAUAACUGGAGGAAAGUCCCAUAAGAGUCCAGUAGAUAUUGUCGAGUACCAUACUGAAGAGACCGAUGGUCUUGUUUGUCUUCUGAAAACCCCAUGCAAUCGACCAAAGGGAAUUGAACCAAAAAUUGGGCCAUUUGAAGACCUGAAAGACCAUUUGAUCAGGGAAUAUGUCCAACAAACGUGGAACCUACAGGGAGAUGCUCUUGAACAGGCGAUUAUUAGCCAAAAACCACAACUAGAGAAAUUAAUUGCGACAACAGCCCAUGAGCGAAUGCCUUGGUUUCACGGGAAGAAAUCUCGAGAUGAAGCUGAGCGUUGCAUUCUCAGAAGUUCACGGACGAAUGGAAAAUUUUUAAUACGAGAGCGUGAUGACAAGGGAUCAUAUGCUCUUUGCUUGACUCAUGAGGGUAAAAUAUACCAUUACCGUAUUGACAGGGACAAAACAGGGAAACUGUCCAUUCCUGAUGGGAAGAAAUUUGACACCCUCUGGCAGAUGGUUGACCAUUACUACUACAAGUCUGAUGGUCUUCUUCAAGUUCUCACUGAACCGUGUCCAAAUCCUGAUCACCCAGUUGAUUCCUUUGGGUUAACGCAAGCACCACCAAUUCCAAGUCAUCAUCCUCAGCAAGAGUGCAAAGGUGGAAUAUUCUCAAGAAUCAAAUCCUCAUCAUUUCCAAAGUCUGGUUCCAAAAAGAAGUCAAGCAUAGCUGAUCGCUCCUUUAGUGCAGCAAAUCUUAAUCCAUACAUGAUCAGGCCAAAUCGACACAAUAAAGGAGCAGAAGCAGGUACUCGAAGAGAUGCCAUGCCUAUGGAUACCAAUGUCUAUGAAAGCCCAUAUGCUGACCCCGAUGAGCUGCAGGAGAAAACAUUGUAUUUGAAAGAUGAUUGCCUUACACUAGAAGAAAAGGAACUUGGGUCUGGUAACUUUGGUACAGUGAAGAAAGGAGUUUAUAAAAUGAGGAAGAAAAACAUAAGUGUAGCAGUGAAAGUGUUGAAGAGUGAUGAUCCUGCAGUAAAAGAUGAACUGAUGAAGGAAGCAAAGUUCAUGCAUCAACUUGAUAAUCCUUACAUCGUCCGCAUGAUUGGGAUAUGUGAAAGGGAGUGUUUGAUGCUGGUGAUGGAACUUGCAGAGCAAGGCCAAUUUAACAAAUUUCUGCAGGCUCACAAAGAUGUUACUAUAACCAAUAUAGUUGAAUUAGUACAUCAAGUGUCCAUGGGAAUGAAGUACUUGGAAGAGAAAAAUUAUGUUCACAGGGAUUUGGCUGCAAGGAAUGUUCUUCUCGUAACUCAGCAUUAUGCUAAAAUCAGUGAUUUUGGCCUGUCAAAAGCCAUAAACUCUGAGGAGAAUUACUACAAGGCUAAAAGUACUGGCAAGUGGCCAAUAAAGUGGUAUGCACCAGAAUCCAUUAAUUUCUUCAAGUUUUCCAGCAAAAGUGAUGUCUGGAGUUUUGGUGUGAUGAUGUGGGAGGCAUUUUCCUAUGGUUUAAAGCCCUACAAGGGAAUGAAAGGCCAAGAGGUUGUACAAAUGAUUGAAUCAAAUAAUCGACUGGAUUCUCCAGUGAGAUGUCCUGUUGAAAUGUAUGAAUUGAUGCGAGAAUGUUGGACAUACAAAGCUAAUGAUCGGCCAGGAUUUGUCACUGUGGAACACAGACUGCGUGAAUACUACUACACUAUUUCAAAGGAAUAGAAUACCCUGUACUUCCUUUCAAAGAGAAGCUUUUAACCAGCAUUUAGAAAAGAUUAAGAUUUUUUUGCUCGUCAUAUGCAAAUUAUAUUCACUGAUUAAUAUGAAAAUGCCUCAUUCCAUUAUCAAUAUAAAUUUUAAAAUGGUCAAAGUUCUUAAGUCUGGAAAGAGUAAAAUGGCUUGUUUAUACCUGAAGGCUAAGCAAUUUGCUGCAAACUGGUUAUUCCAGGACUCUCCCUAUUUGAUGUUACACUUCAAAUUCCAAUUAGUGGAACCACAUAUCCAGGGAUGAUAGGUUGGAUGAUUUUCACAGUUUAGAUUAUACCAGCUCUUUAGAGCUGUGCUGGGGAAUGGGAGACCUAACAGAAUAAUGGAAGAAGGCAUUUGGGAUUUGGUAGGGAGGGGGUUUCUCCUGUCUUCCUAGCAACACAGGAUACUUCCAUGGACAAAAAACUGCCAGAGAGAUAUUUUCUAAUCAACUUAUUUUGAGAUUUUACUAUACAGCUUUGGAGCAGCUGGGAUUUGGACCUGGAUCUUCUGGCUCAGAGGUAGCGACAUUAUCACAAGAGGCUCUAUGAACAGCAGUGGAAUGGUUUCUGCCAACCUGAAUUAAUUUGUUGUUUAGCAACUAUUACCUGCCCCCUACUGGCAUUUUACUGGUAUUUGUAAGGGUUGCUGUUAAAUGGUAAGACUGUCAGAUAAACCCUGGUUCUGACCAAUAUGUCUCCUUUAUGUAGCUGUCCUGUUACACUGUUGCAGCUUUUGGUGAGCCCUUCUAUUUGCAGAACCUCCUGGACUGACUCCAAAAAGGUAAAUAAGAAAGCUUAGCUUGCCUUCACAGAUGUUUCAACAUGGAGACGUCCUCUUCAGCUUCCUGCAGGCUACACAGUGGCCACUUUUACCUCUUUUGUGGCUACUGGUAAAACGUCAGCCAGGGUUCCCAAUUGUCAGGUUGGGUCUCGCUUUUCAUUUCAAAUGUGGGGCUAUAUAAAAAUUUCCUCCCAAGUUAUUUUGGAAAUUUGGCCCUUCUAUCCGAUCCAUAUCUUUC